GAUAAUUAGGGAAUGAUGUUUGUGGUCGCUAGAAGAAGUCUUUCGUUUCUUCUCGCAAUCAUCCGAAAUAGGUGAGCCGUAUCUCUUGAAGAUUUUGUCGUGCAAGUUAGUUGGACAACGGUGACCAGGUGACCAGCCUGCGCUUCAGGAGCGUUCUGGGUGCAUGCGUGAAGGUCCCGUUCCUUCAUCCAAACAGUUGAGGAGACGUUCGUAUGAAACAGUGACCUGAACUGACCCUCGAGUCGCUUGCAUACGCUACACUGGACAUUUACACCUUGACAAGUUGAGUGAGUGAUCAUUGCUACCAAGAUUCUCAGAUGAACGCUCCCCCUCAGCAGUGCGGAUCAUGGCGGUUAUCAGUACUGCGCUGUAUUGCAACGCCAACCGUGCUAUCGUGGUGCUCAUUGCUUUGCUGCCCGCGGUGGUGCUUUCAGCCAGUAUGAGUGGUGAAUGCUUCUGGUUUAAUCUGACAAGUGCACCGGAGCAGCUUGAGUUCAGCCAUGACCAGCUUACAGCCCAGCUCAAUGAGAGUUUCAUUGGCAACUGCUCCACGGACGACAUUGUCAGCCUGUCUGCACUGCGUCCACACGCCCAGACAUGGCUUGUGCUGGUCGCCGAUAGACUGAUACAGGGGAGCAGCAAUGACAGUGUCACUCUGAGAGCUAUUUCCAACUUGAUUCUGACCAGUUGGCCCGGGACGGUGUUCAAGUGCGCCGCAUCACCACUGUACGACAUGAUCAACAAGACGGAGAUAGUCAACGGCCUCGGUGGAAACAGCUACAGCAUAGAGCGCGGCAACAGCUCAUGCCUGGUAGCGCUGCACAACUCCUCGUCGGUUAUCCUAACGGGACUAGCGUUCCAGAAGUGCGUGAGUAAUGAUGUCCAGCCUGCGGCCGUGGAGGUAGUAUCCUGCAGGGAUGUAUACGUUGUCCGCUCCAGAUUCAGUGACAACUUUGGCCCCGCAGUAGCGAUAGUGAACUCGUCGACAGUCGUCUCUGCCUGCACGUUCCAGGACAACAUUCGCUUUGGCACGGUCAGCAAGAGCAGAGUGUUCAAUCCACUGCAGGGAAGCAGCAGCAUGGUUGUCGCUAUCGGCGAUAGCGAACCGCACGUCGUGACCAUAGCCGACUCAGUGUUCACCGGCAACAUCAACACGCAGACCGAGACGGAUGACUAUGCCCGCGACAAGGGUGGCCACGGCGCAGGCCUCAGCGUCACGUUUCACCACGCGCACGGCCAGCCGGUCGUCAGGAUUACCAACUCCACGUUCUUCCAGAACGCUGCACGCCAGUUCGGUGGAGCUGUGUUUGCGGAUGUUGUCGACACCUCUAACAUGACGUUUGAAGUGAAUGGCUGCAGGUUCCUUGAAAACGCCGCCGAGACGGUCGGCGGAGGACUUGUUGUUUAUCUUGGUGCUAAUUCUACGGAGAACAACAUCACCAUCUUCAACUCGGGCUUCCAGGCCAACUUGGGUGGUAUGGGUGGAGCGGUGGUGGUGAUCCUAGAGAGCCAGGACACGGUUCAGCGGACGUUCGACGCCCAGUUCAUUAAGCUGAGCGACUCCUUGCUGAACGAGAGCUUCCCGGUCAGCGUGCCGUCGGAGAACUUCAUCAGCUUGGACAGCUGCACGUUCAGUUCCAACUGGGCGCGGGGCAGUGGUAACGCUCUCAUUCUUAUGAUGAGGCUCACUGUCUCUACUAGCCCUCUGCCCGCUAACAUCAAAAACUGCACCUUCACCAAAGAAAGAGUGUUGAAUCGGAACGGGAGCCUUUCCAAUUCCAGCACCAAUCUUGGACUGUACAAUCGUGUCGUCGGUCUGCUGCGUCACCCCACUUAUAAAGCCGGUCAGUAUCUUCAGCGCCUGUUUGCCUGGAGCGAUACACAUUGCACGGUGCUGUGCGAAAAGUUACCCGUGGAGUUUGGCAGCGGUGAGACCAAGUUCCAGACAAACUCCAUCCGCUCGAUCGUGGUACGCAGUGCUGCUCUGUAUGUCAGCGGAAAGCUCGUGGUGUCGGGCAAUGUCAACACUGAAUUUGACGGCUUCAACUUGGAGAGCUACGGCGGAGGAAUUUAUCUGACUGGACGUUCACAAAUCUACGUCACCAACAGCAGCGAGGUCGUCGUGAGUGACAACUUUGCCGGUUUUGGAGCUGGAAUUUUCAGCCUGACAUCGUUGGCGUCAGCUCAAGUGUCGGUGGGAAGCGGCGACAUCUUCUCGCACCGGUGCUUCAUCAUAUUCAGCUCACGGCAGUUCUCGUACCCAUCCGCUGCUUCAGAUAGCUUGGCCAAGUUCAAGUUUGAGAACAACACGGCAUGGAAGGGUGCGGCCAUCUACACCUCCUCCAUGCUGGACUGCGCUUCAUGGUGGCGCAGUCGGCGUUGCGAGCAGGAUUACCCCAAAUCAUUCGUAUUCAGGAACAACUCGGCGUGCGACUACGAGGGUUUCCCGUCGCCCGAAGAAUGCUAUCGCAAAGCUCCGCUGCAGUCCAGAGGAGAGCCAGCCGUUUGCGGUAACCAGACGACGAGAGAGUCGCUGGACAACUACGGCAUCUACUGCCCGUCGGUAGCAACGGAUUCCUUUCAAGAACACUGGCUGCUGCCACCGGAGAGCUCAGCAGACCCAAAGAUGCUGACGUUCAGUCCCGGACAGACGAUCGGGGUUGAGGCUAUUCUUGUCGAUCAGAACUGCAACCCGUCUGAACUCAACACCAAACUACAGGCGACACCGGACGAUGUUGUCAGUUUCAAGAAUGUACACUUUGAAGUGAUCAGCGUCAGCAAUCUCUCCUUCGUCAGCUAUUCUAACGACUAUGAGUUCAGUGAGGAUGAAGGUCAUGACGUGAACGUGACACUGCAGCCACUCGUCUCACACUUUGUGGCAAAUGACUACAUUCAGUUGAGAGUGGGUCAUUGUCGUGCUGGAUAUCUGCCCAACAAAACUGCCAACGGCCAUUACACGUGCCUGUGUCUUGAAACGGACGAUGUGUUUCAAUCCUGCGUCCAGGGAGGAACCGGAAUAGUGCUGAAAAGCGACUUCUGGGUAACAAACACCACAGCAGACGGCGAUAUCUUCUACCAUCGCUGUCCGUUUGGUUACUGCAAACCGUACUGCAGUGCAAGUGAAUCGGCAGUGUACGGGCUUGGGCAGUGCUGCGAAGAAUCCGUCGGCCAUCGCGGCUGCUUCUUCGACAGCUCACGGCCAAACAGCCUGUGCAACACCAAUCGAACAGGUGUGUUAUGCGGCAGUUGCCCUUCUCAUAAGGGUCUAGUACACGCACAGUGGAUUGUGGAUUGUCAGGACUGCAAACACCAGCCUGGAUUGCUGGUACUCAUGGCUGGCAUUCCGGCCGGGCUGUCUCUUCUGAUCUUCUUCCUGGACAUUCACCUACCGCACUAUGUGUGGGUAUUCGUCCACUAUGUGCAGGUGGCAUCCUAUCUACCCAACAGCAACAGUGAUAACAUCUUCCGGGUUUUGAUGUAUCUGCAGUUCUACACGUCGCUGGACUUUCUCUUCGGGGCCUGUAUCUUUGAGAGCAUGGACGCCCUGCAGAACUCCGCACUCUUCUUUGUACCGCUGGGUGCUGUGACCGCAACACUGGUAGUCACAUAUGCUAUUUGCUGGCUUGCGCUGAAGAAGCGCCGGCGGAUGUGGAUGAGACGGUUUAUACACACGUUCCUAACCUGCUUCCAACUGAUGUACCUUAACAUGUGGUUGGGCGCCUACCGGACUCUGUUCUGUGCUGACAUAAAGUUUUCCAGCGGAACUCAAAAGAGGCUGCUGAACGAUGGCAAUGUACUGUGCUGGCAAGAUCGCCAUCUUAAGUAUGCCCUGCCCGUCGCUCUCUUUGCCGGACUGAUUCUCGUCCCCGCUCCCUUUCUGCUGACACUAUACAACACCAUGUCACUAGCGUCGCCUGCGAAGUCUACGCGCAAGGCCUGGUUUGGCUACAAGGAGGGUGUGGGCGCCGUGUGGUGGUUCUCAUGGGAUAUGAUACGCAAAGCGGCGGUCGUCACCGGAAACGGCAUAUACGACGUGUCGCUACACCAGAGUAUUCGCUUCAUCAUGUUUGCUGCCGACUUGACGCUGACCUGUCUGGCAUCGAUUCGCUACAGCGCCGACGUGGAGAACAAACGUGGCUGGUGGCUGACCAACCACCACAGCUACAUACAGAGCUUUUCGCUGGUGCUGCUCAGCGUUCUCCAGCUGCUCUGGGUCGCCUUCUUCAUCACCAGCUCUGAUCCAGACCUUCCCAUUGUCAUGCUAAGCGUGAUGGAGACGCUGCCAAUUGUUUCACUAGCCGUGUGGAUACUGUGGAAUGUGGUGCGUAUAGUGUGCCGCCACAUCUUCAAGUCACAGUUGGAAACCAGUGCUCAACAGGAGGAUGCCUGGUCGGACCUGGCCUUGUCCACGUCGGUGCCGCGCGAACCGCUGCGCGACCGCUUCAUCCGCACAAUCGCGUACGGCCCGAUCCGCAGCUACAGCCGCGGUGCAGGCCGCGUGGACGAGGACGGCUAUCUGCAGCCGAUCGGGAGCGACGUACUCCUUGCCGGCCGCACUCCUGACUAUCACCGACUGCGAAAGAAGAAACCCAAGCACCUGCACAACAUCUCCGAUAGCGACUCCGAUGACGCCGACGACGAGCAGGGAAAGUAACGCCUCCUUCAGAAGGCUAGUCACACAUCUGGGCAUACCUGCCCUGCUGGCAAGGUGGUAGCACAUCUUUGUGAUGUGAUACCAGCAAUGUGUAGCCCUGCAAAGACUAGGUGCAAGCAUGAACAAAAUAUCCUUGAAGUGUACAGGUUUUCUUGUCAACCGAUACUUGAGAGAACUGACGAAUCUAGUAGUUAGAGCAGUCAAACAUAACUCAAUACGUGUGCCCGGGUACGGCAUCCGCAAGGUAUGCGUAACAUUAUGUGCGUGGGACUAGCAUUGAGAGAGGAACUUACAAACACAUCAUAGUAUUCAACGUGUACUACAGAACCUGUGCAUGUUAGAUCUCAGUGAACACUGUGAUGAUAUCAUAGUAUUAUGUCUGUGAACUUUGUAUGGUAAAUGUGCAAUCCAUAGCACUUCUUACCCUAGCCCUAUGUGACCGCUGAUGACCAAAAACUUAGUAGGUAUAGGCUGCAGCUGAAGCAUUAGGCUGUGCUAUGCGCACCCAAAUCAUGCGUGUGUGCCGUAAUGCACACCUUAUGCGUGUACGUGUGUAUGUGCAUGUGUGUGUGUGUGGGGGGGGGGGGGGUGGUAUGUGUGCGUGCAUGCAUGCUUAUGUCAGUAGUGUGACAUUAACACCAUAUCUAGUGCAAUAAAGCUCUCAUAACGACUUUCAAUGAUGCUUUUAUUAUUUUAUUCCAUUUUCAGUGCAUGGGCUUGUUAAACUUUCUUGAUUUCGGUUGACUUCUUCCUUCGGUAUUUUUAUGGUUACUUCGAAUAUGUGAUCAAAACUGAUUUGAAGUACAUGUAUAUUUAUAAAAUUCUCUAGGCAGG